UCGACGUUAUUGUUACAGCUGUAUUUAUUAUUCACCAAAUUUAUUCAAUCCCCACCACGAAAACCAGCUUUCACCAUGAACACGGCGAUGUUCGCGAGAGUUACCUUCUAUCCCACUCUCCUCUAUAAUGUGGUAAUGGAGAAGAUCACAAGUAGGAGAUGGUACGAUAGGAUGGAUGAUACAGUUAUCCUCGGCGCCCUACCUUUCCAGAGUAUGACCAAACAGUUGAAAGAAGAGGAGAAUAUCAAGGGAGUUGUCUCAAUGAAUGAAACAUAUGAACUCAAGAUCUUUUCCAAUGAUGCAGAGAAAUGGCGGGAGCAAGGCGUGGAGUUCCUGCAACUGGCCACUACUGAUAUAUUCGAAGCGCCCGACCAAGACAAGCUGUUUGAAGGAGUGAAGUUUAUCAAUAGGUUCUUGCCAAUCGCUGGCAAGUUGACUGCCGUGCCAACUGAAGAGAGGCAGAUCAACAGUGGCACCGUGUACGUACACUGUAAGGCGGGACGCACGCGGAGCGCUACCCUCGUCGGCUGUUACCUCAUGAUGAGGAACGGCUGGUCACCAGAGGAAGCAGUGGAGUACAUGCGCAACCGACGGCCGCACAUCCUGCUCCACACCAAGCAAUGGGAGGCGCUACACAUAUUCUACAAAAGGCAUAUACACACGUAACGUGACCAUAGACAAUAACUUUAGGCAAUAUGUACAUGACAGUUUUUAUUCUGUGGAUAUUUAAUACUUAGCAAUAAUAGAAUAUUACCAAAACGUAGAUAGACGGUCAUAUCUCAAUUUAUAUGAAA